AUGAAGAUUGAUAUAUUCAAGGCGUUUGACACGGUUCAAUGGCCCUUUGUUCUGAAAACAUUGAUGGCUAUGGGGUUCCCUGAGUCGUUUAUCCAUUGGAUAAGACUCUGCAUCACUACACCCUCUUUCUCGGUUCAGAUUGAUGAAGCCGUGAGGGAGAAGAGGUUUCAGUAUCACCCCAGAUGCAAAUCUCUUUCCCUUACACAUCUCUGCUUCGCAGAUGACCUCAUGGUGUUUGUGGAGGGUACAAAAGAAUCAAUAGAAGGAGUGAUUACAGUGUUUGAUAACUUUUCAACCUGGUCAGGAUUGAUGAUCAGCUUGGAAAAAUCCACAAUCUUCAUGGCUGGUAUACCAGAUCAUACGCAGACCUUGAUCCUAACUAACUUUCCAUUCGCUAAAGGAAAGUUUCCAGUUCGAUACCUAGGACUACCGUUGAUGACUAAAACUAUGACAAAGCAGGACUAUCUCCCGCUGACAGAGAAGAUUCGCACACGUAUAAGUACUUGGACGAGUCGGUUCCUGACUUACGCCGGUAGACUGCAACUUAUCAGCUCAGAGAUAAUGAGCAUUGUGAACUUUUGGGCUUUUGCGUAUAGACUUCCAGGGCAAUGUAUCAAAGAAAUAGAACAACUCUGUUCAGCAUUUCUUUGGUCAGGUCCGGAACUCAAAACUACAGGAGCUAAAGUUGCUUGGAAGGUAAUGUGCACAGCUAAGGAGGCAGGUGGACUCGGCAUACGAUCGCUGAAAGAGGUAAAUAAGGUAUACGGGUUAAAGCUCAUUUGGAGAAUGCUUUCCGGAAACUCAUUAUGGGGUCAAUGGGUUAAGCUGAACCUUACGAAGAAGAAAUCUUUUUGGGAGUUGAGCAAUAAGAGCCAACAAGGCUCAUGGAUGUGGAAGAAGAUCUUGAAGCUACCAAGCAUUGCGAAAACUUUCCAAAAAAGGCAGUUAGUAAUGGGAAGAACAUCUCCUUCUUGUUCGAGAAUUGGUCGGAGAAGGGAGUUCUAUCAGAUUUAUUGGGUGAGAGAGGUAUCAUUGAUCUCGGCAUCAGAAGAGAAGCCACGGUUGAGGAGGGUAUACUUAGCCAAAGAAGGAGGAGAAGGCACAGAACUGUAG